GGAGGAGUUGCUUGUGGCCUCCAGGGGGCUCCUUUGUGUUGAAUUUAGCAGCAGAAUCAGCAGCUGCAGCCUCUAAGCUGCACACCCCAUGUUCCAUGCAAAUUUGUGAGAUCAGUAAGUGUCAAGCGCCUUCAGCCUGACUCCAACCCACUGGCUCCUGGGAACUGAUGCUGCAUUAAGGACAGGGGGCUGCUGUGCAGGACUCCACACAAAGACUCCCAUCAGUAGCAAGCAAGGGGCACAGCUUCUCCCACCCAUCUGUCUCCUCACCUUUGUAUGUCCAACUGACAAGGAUAAGGUGCCAGUUGCCAUCAGAUUGUGCUGCCUUAGGUAAGUGGCUUUUAGAACGUUGUGCAUCUUUUCGGAUAUCAGAUAAAAUAUUCAAUUUAACGCUUUGGGUACCUGAAAGGUGAAACCACAUUGAAAUAGUUAAAUUGCAAUUAAAGGGUGCAGGAGGAUGAGACCACCAGUACCAAUCAAUUAUGAUGAAAAGCCUUUGAAUUAUUAAACAUUACCAAGCUGAAUCAUUUCCUGAUAAGGGAUGGGGAGAGUCUAUUCAUGUCCUCUGGGUGACUAUAUGUGUGUAUAUAUAUAUAUAUAUAUAUGUAUAUAUAUAUAAAUAUUUGUUUAUCAAUUGAAUUAUCCUACUGAAUUUGUGAAUAUAAAGUCACAUCAGCUUAGCUUGGGGUGUUAGGAGUUGGAUUCUAAUAGCAGGUAUAUUGUGGCGUUACUAUACAUUCUGCAUUUAUGGUUGUAGAUACUGGGAAAGUGACUGUGUAUGGUUAUCGAGAUAAUGUGUCUGGCUAAGAUUGAAGAGAGUUGUAGUCUAUGGAGGCCUUACCCCUUUCCUCUCACACACCAUACCAACUGUGCUGGCGAUAUAAGGAGAACAUGCAGGCAUUAAUAUAAGUGGGUGUGUAAAUUUUAAUUUAUUUCCUGUGUUUUUUUGCUUUGCAGGGGCUGUUUAAUACACCACCAUGGUGAAACUAGGGAAUAAUUUUAGUGACAAAGGGACAAAGCCUCCGAUAAGCGAAGAUGGAUUCGACACCAUCCCUCUGAUGACCCCCCUGGACGUCAAUCAAUUGCAGUUCCCACCCCCUGACAAGGUAUGUAUGGAGGGAAUGAUGGAUGCCUUGAGAGUGUUUUCUAGAGAGGUUGCCAAACCCAUAGAACCAUGGAAUAGAAUGAGAGAGGAAUACAUAAAUCCCAAAAUUCUAAUUGCCUCCUAUGGCCACUUCUGCAGUUGAUACAAUUUAAAUGAUAUCAGCCCUGGGUGUGAUGUGAAUUUUAGACAAAGGAUAAUUGAUUCAUUUUAAUUCUGGUGUGUGUGUGUUGUGUUGUGUUGUGUUUUUUUUUUAUAUAUAUAUAUAUUUUCAAAUCUUUCUAUGUCAAUAGAGAAAAGAUUAAAGAAGAUAUAUAUUUACCAUUACAAUGUAUCGUGUCACACAUUUUGAGAAAUGAUUUAAUAAUGGCAUUUUGAUUUCUUUAUUUUGUAAGGAAGGAUUAGAAUUUUCCUAAUUCUCUACAAUUUGCAAGCCAGAAAAAUGCUGCAUUGUGGCAUUGCUGCAACAAGACAAUGGCUAUCCUUCACUACAACAAAGCAUGUUCCUCUGUUUUACCCUGCGCUACAGAACAUGUUUGCUCUCUCUAAAAUUCUAAUGCCACUAAAAAAGUCACUAUAUAGGUUUCCAAAUUUAAAUCCUAAUGUGCACACAUUGUUAAUUAUGAUUUCUGAAAUUCUGAUAUUGUAACAUUGUUCUUAACAAAGAACACCAGUAUUUGCAGCAGUGUGCAUUGAAUGUUAAAGCUGUCUGUGUACAUGCAAACUGGUUGAAAUAAUAAAUCACGUUGCAGCGUUGACCUGAAUGUAUCCUCAGGGAAUUUGUAGUGCCUUAAUUCAGUUUAUAACACACAAGAAGACCCAGGAGCUCUGUUGAAUUUAUUCACUAAACGAUGAAGGGAAAACUAAAUUGCAAAAUUAAGAAAGAAAUAGAACAUUUUGAAAAAUUCUCCCAACUCUAGUAUAGUUAUAGCUCGACUAUAUAUUAAUAUGAAUUUUGCGACUACAAUUCAUUGUUUAGUGACUAAAGCCCCCUAUUAAUUACGUGUGCAUUUUGACACCACCACAGUCUUAAAAAUUGUUAAACGGAACUUGGCUGCAUUCUAGCAAGCCUUACUCACAAAUCUUUUAAUCCAUUCUUCUGAAUUGGGGAAGAAUAACUUCUAUAUUCAAUGUUAAAGCUCAGGAAUCUUUGUUUUUGGAUAUGUGAAUGAAUUUAUUUUUAUUAAAGGGAACAAAUUAUCUAAUUGUAGUUUAUAUUUAUAUGUAUAUAAUUGAUUUUUUUUAUUGUGUGGUUAUUGCAAACACUUAAAAUAGCUGCUCUUCUAAAUAUAGCUUGUUAGUUGCAUCCACAACUAAGACAGGCAGAGCUCUUAUCUACAGAUUGCAUGAAAGGCGUCCCAAACAAAUUUUGAAAAAAUAACUUUGGCACUUUUUAUAGGAAUCAGGGAAGCUAUUUAAAUUGCAAAUGGGUAAUUCACUCACAUCCUAGUACCCUGUAGAAAUGUUAUACAAGAUUCCGUUGUCAUGGGGGCUUUUAUGUGACUUUAAGGAGAUGCAUAGUCUCUAGUCGCUGGGGUUGGCAACCUGUGGUACUCCAGAUGGUGUGGACUACAACUCUCUUGGUGCAUUGGCAGCAUGAUGGCUGUAAGAGUAUUAUGGGAGAUGUAGCCCACAACAUCUGGAGUGCGAGAUGUCUACCAUGAAUUCUAGACUUUUUGGUGGUGUUUCUGUGUGAAACGUUUGGGGACUGCAGAUCCAACACUUUGGAGAGGUUACGUGAGGGGAGGAUCCAUCACAAGGCCACAAAUUUUGAGGGGUCUCGCAGAUAUGGGUACUGGACAAGUGUUAAGUGGUGGCUGCUGGUCACUCACACACUACAGAGCAGGCUGAGCAGAGGAACGGAAAUGGUUGGUGUGCUAGGGUGUGCCAAGAGAUGCAUUCGUAUGCUUGUGUGUCUGUCUGUAUGUGCGUGAUUGUGUUGUUAAUAAGGUUGGUUUGUGGAUACACGUGAGCAGCUGUUGAUGUAAAUAUGGGCUAAUGAGAUGCGUAUGAAUGGAUAAUUCCUAGUGUAUUGUGGCUAAUUAUAUGUUUUUAAGUGGCUAGCUAUAUGAAAAUCUAUGUAUACCUCCUAACAUAUAAAAAACGGACAAAGAGGGGCACUUUAUGUUCUGGGGGGUAAAUGAAGGUGUUGUGAUAUGUUUUAGGUGAAUUAUUAAUAAUUUUAUACAACUAAAAUGUAAUUUAUAACAAGAACAAUGUAUCUUAUAUACACAGAUUGAUUUCUAAAUACAUUUAUUGUAGUUUAAAGACCCAUUUCUGGGAGUUUUACUGCUGUGGAGCUCAGGCACACCAACAAUUUGAAACUGCUAGAAAGAGGGACAUUAGGAUAGAAAGGAAGGAUUCGGUCCCAGAAAUAGGACUAUCCUUUCUAAAUAAGUACAGUUAGGAGGUAUGUGGAUGAAGGGGAAGUACUGUAAACUUUCUGGCCUUGGUCUGUGCGAAUGUUAAGUUUGGUCCUAGGCCCUAGCCUUACAGGCUUUUAUAAUGGGUUUCUGGGAGAAAGUUUAUUUAGAUCCCAGCCCCGCCUUUUGUUUGGUGACAUACUAACUCAGCCCCUAGGGGCAAUUAAUUAGCAAGUACUCACAGCGCUUGAUUACCUAUCAACCCUGCAUACAUCUGAAAGUGAUUACAGCAAAGGAAAUAGUGCAAUCUAUAAAAAAAAAAAAAAGGAAAGGUUUAUGACAUUUAAUUUUUAUUUUCAAACCACGACCUUAUAUUUGGCACAUAUAGUGAUUUUUAUUCCUGCUGAGAUAAAAAGUUGCUUAAAACUAAUCUAUUUAAAAAAUAAAAUAAGUAAUAAUAAUUUAAAAAAUAUUUUUUUUAAAUGCCCAUCCAAAAAGAGGAAAACUGACCUUCAAGAAGGACAAACACAGGGCUUGUUCAUCGUCAACUGAUCUAUCUGUUCCAUAAUCCCAUAGUUAGAAACAUUUAAAUCUGUCCUUUAACCUCUCACUCCGUUCCAUGUAGGAUAUUAUUGGAAAUCCUACCAUUCAGGGGAUUAUGUAUUCAUAUCACCCUUCUGCCAAGCAAGAAAUCAAUUACAUGAUAACGCUGCUUCACCAUAACACUUUUUUGCUACACAAAUUAGAAUGUGAUAGAUGGCAACCUGUUUCAAUAUAAAGGGGCAGACAUGUCGUUCUUGCUGAUAGCUGUAACGUACGUGAUAUGAAUUUAGAUGCUGCGUAAAUGUAUAGGAUUUAUUUAUCUAACAGUAAUUUAUAGCGAGUUGAAAUCAGAUCUAAAAUUCAUGCCAAAUUAGUUGAGUUGGAAACAAGACCAAUGUCUUGUCUAAACUGUUUGUUUAACCACAAAUCACAGUUUAAUUAAAAAAAUUCAUUUUUAUAUUUCUACUGAUUUUGAUUUAAAUAGAUUGCAGCGUUGUGAGUAACUUUUUAAAAAUUAUUUGUUUGCAAUUUCUGUCUUGAAUAGUUAAAGGGAUACCAUAAGCAUCAAAGCAACUUUAGCUUAAUAAAGCAGUUUUGGUGUAUAGAUCAUGCCACUGCAGUCUCAUUGCUCAAUUCCCUGCCAUUUAGGAGUUAAAUCACUUUUAUGUCUGUUUAUGCAACCCUAGACACGCCUCCCCUGGCUGUGACUCAUACAGCCUGGAUGAAAUUUUUUUUUUUUUUUUUUAAUUUUCAAUCAGAUGUUUACUUUAGAAGUUUUUAUAUCCUGCUCUUUUUUUUUCAACUUUAAUUACCAAAAGAAGGCUCCUGCAGGACCUAGCAAGCUAUUAACAGAUCAGGAGUUAAUACAUUCUCUAUAUGCAAUAAAGGAAGUUUUUAAUAUUCGCUUUCUCUUUACUCGAAAUGUGUAGGGAGAUGGUGUAGGCCAGGUGUUCCCAACCCAGUCCUCAAGUGCCCCCUACCAGUCCAGGACUUGGGGAUUACUCCGUUGGGCAUAAAGUGUUGUUUUUUUGUUUUUUUUUCCUUCUUUCCCCAUCCAGCAGCAGCAUGUCCUCUGUUCUUGCGGUCUGCGAGAGCAUUGCCGUGCGUUGCUAUGGCAACCAGCAACAACGGUCUUGCGGAUCGCGACAACAGAGGACAUGCUGCUGCUGGAUGUGGAGACUCCUGGGCCCCUCUUCAUUGGGCAACCAUACUGUUCCACCAGACCAACAUGGAAUGUAGUGUCACCCCUCCCUGGACACAGGUAAGAGACAGGGAGGAGGGUGGGGACAUAGACAAACAAUACACACUGCUCAUUACACACACACACACUGCAUAUAGUACAUAAACUACACACACACACACUUGUAUGUGUGUCUGUUUGUAUCUCUCUGUGUUUGUAUGUGUGUCUCUGUACGUGUGUCUGUGCCUAUGUCUCUGUACGUGUAUGUCAGUGUUUGUCUGUAUCUUUACAUGACUGUGUUUCUAUGUAUCUGCAUGUGUAUACCUAUGUGUCUAUCUGUAUGUGCCAGUGUGUGUGUUUGAGUAUAUGUGCAUACAUCUCAAAUAUAGGAUCCGCCCCGGGUGCCAAAUGCUCCAGGUACGCCCCUUGUACUUUCCAGUCCCAAAAAAGGGUAUUCACACUAAGGUAUUACAGUACAGAUAGACCACCAUUCCCUCAAACUGUAGACAAAAAGAAAAAAAAAAUAUUAGGGCUCACAUAGGUUCUAUUCCAAAUUGCAGACUUGAUUAAAGUUAGGCAGGCAACGUUUUGACUCAAGCCACUUGAGGAAGGCUCCUGUUUGACCAGAAACAUUGCCUGUCUAACUUCAAUAAAAUGUGUAAGACUUGGAAUAGAGCCUGUGUAUAUUAAUAUUUUUUUCUUUUUGAGUAUUAUUUGGCAUUGUGAACUUUCCACUUUAAAACUCAAUUAUUUAUUUUUUUAUUAUUAUGAUUACACACUCUGGUAGAAAAAAAAUAUAUAGAUGCCAGUGGGAUAAUGAAGAUCUUUACAGUAUGCUUUAUUAUCCGUGAUAAUCCCUCGAUAAAGCCAAAUUGCUGGAAUAUUGUAUGUUCUUUAGAUGUUAAUCACUUCUUGCUUUUGAUUUUUGUUAUUUUUGACUAGGUAUGUAGUCCUUAAUAUACCAUCUGUUUCAGUAGCAAGCGCCAUAUGUCUGAUUAUGAUUCUAAACUUGUAAUAUCUAGAUACGUUGAAUUAAUUAAAUGCAAAUCUGUUUUAUUCAAUGUUCUUUAGGUUGUGGUCAAAACCAAGACUGAGUAUGAACGGGAUCAUAAGAAAGGCAAAUUCCGCACUCCCAAAAUUGCCGAAUUUACCAUCAGCAUCAGUGAAGGAGUGUCGGAAAGAUUCAAGGUAAGAAGCCCUACACACACCGUCCGAUUGUUAUCUGACCCCACUGCCCUGUUGUAGGUUAUUAACAAGGACCACAAGGUAGCUUAAUCUAGGAAUGAAUAGGAUUACGAAGGGGUUAAUUAGCAAUGUGUUCUGAAAGAGGAGCAAUUUCCAUGAUAGCCUGUGGAAUGUUCCUUCUAACUGCACCACAUUUAGAACUUUCCUCCAAUGGAUUGGUUUAAUUUGCACCACAGAAAUGUUUCUACCUUUUUGAAAGACGUAGAGAUUCUUUACAGUUUUAUUAUGAGUUUAGACUGUACUGAGAAAAAGUUCCUUGAUAGGUUAAAGGUACACUGUAACUGCUUCAUCUAAUUUAAGUGUUUAUAGUGUCUGAAGUCCUUUUAAUUGAUUUUAAAAUCAAAAGUAAGUGAGGAAAAAAGCAUUAGAGGUAUAGCUAGUGCAAAAAUUCUGCUACUCACAUUUGAGGAUCAUAUAAAGUACAAAUGUUUCAGAUCUGUAACCCUUUCUCAGGUGUAACCAUGUUUGUACUUUUUAUAUUCCUUAGUCAAUGUGAGUAGCACAGUUUGUGUACACUCCAUACCUGUACCACUCUUUCCUGAUUUUUCUCUUGAUUUUGUCUAAUUUACCGCUGUGGGAGCAACCAUGGUGUAAGAUUAAUAGCUGCUUGGCAUUAAUGUUUUUUGUUUGUUUUUUUUUAAAUGUGUUUUUUUUUUUUUUUUAAACAAAUUGUUUCUUACUGCAGUAAUCUAUCCUUUUCAUAUUUGCUUUUUUAUUAAAUCCUUUUUUUAUGUUUUUAAUAAUAGUCUCCAGCAGCCCACCCCCUCAGUGCUACUUGGGCUAAUGAAGUAUUAAUUCAAGCAGGCUGAAAGCGGUCAGCUGACACUCUCAGCCAAUUGCAGCAAACAUUGUUGGUAUGAUAUGGUAUGGAUAGAAGGAAAUAAUCUCUGCCUUAGCCAUACCUUCAGGGGUUAGACUGUGGGCGGCCGGGGACACUCUUUCAGAGUUAAAUUGCUUGAAAAUGGAUUAAUACUCAAUGGAAAAACAGCGCCUUAGGACAUCAGGCACUAUAACCAAUUAAAGGGACACUAUAGUAACCAGAACAACUACAGCUUAUUGAAUUUGUUCUGGUCAGUAGAAUCCUUACCUUCAGGCUUUUUGCUGUAAACACUCUCUCUUUUCAGAGAAAAUGCAGUGUUUACAUUACAUCCUAGUGAUAAUGUCACUGGCCACUCCUUAGAUGGCUGUUAGAGAUUCCGUAGCGCUGUACAAUGGUUUUGGACUAACAGACAUGUAAUUGUAACCAGACAACUGGACGUACAGGAACAGAGGGAUGGAGGGCCCUACUCAAUGAGCUUACAUUCUAGAGGGAGUGGGGUAUAGUGACACAGAGGGUAAAAGUAGGGGUACGAAGUAGGUUGUUAGAAAAGUAUUCACUGAAGGCUUAGUAGGUAAUUUUUGACAGUUGCAGGAGAGGAGUCAUGGAGGGUGGGGGAUAUAAAUCUCCUAACAGUUUAAUUGAAAUGCUUUCUUAAAGAAGUGAGUUUUUAAUUUAUUUUUUUUGAAUGAGUGGAGGCUGGGUGAAAUUGUUACGGAGAAGGGAAGGGAGUUCCACAGACGAGGUGCAGCCCUGGAAAAGUCUUGGAGGCGAGCGUUAGAGGUGGGAGUAUGGACAGAGGAUAGACGUAGGUCUUUGGCAGAGCGUAGGGGCCUCGACGGGACAUGCUUGUGUAUUAGGGAGGAUAGGUAGGUUGGAGCAGCAUUAUGUAGGGACUUGUAAGCAAGCACCAGAUUUUUAAAUUGAGCCCUGUAUCUAACUGGAAGCCAAUGUAGGGACUGACAGAGUGGGGAGGCAUGAGAGGUGCGGGCGGACAGGAAAAUGAGCCCCGCCGCAUUCAUUCUAGAAUGCAGCCGUGCAAUCUGGGAACACGUAAGACCACUGAGAAGAGUACUGAAAUAUUAAUUACUAGAAAUUAUGUUGUAGUGUUGUCCUGGCCCCCUUCUCCAUCAGUGAUAACUUCCUGCUCUGUGUUUUUUAGAAGUAGACAAGAUUAAAUAUUGCUUGCUCUUGGCUGUGUGAAGUUGCAUCCAGGGGUAUGUGGGGUUUGUUUUAGAUUUGAGAGUUGGGGGGGGAUUACAAUGGAGUGUGUGAGUAGGUGAUGUGUUAAUCUCUGCAUGCCUAUGGAUUAAUCUAUCAAUACGAAGAGGGAUUUAGAGUAAUGGGUAAUUACAAUAGUUACUCUGGUUAUACAGAGACGUGAGAAUUGCUGGACUAGCUUAGUGGAGAGCUCGUGUUAAGAUGAAUUGUUUUGUAAGGCUGUUGGCAGACUAAUGUAUAGCAAUCAGUCAGAUAAAAUUGAAAAGGAACCAACGGGCGGUAUAGAUACUGCAAUAUCCUAAUUUAUUUGCGCAGAACACAUGAAUGCAGAUUUACAAAGAAAGGCUCCAAAAAAACAAGUUGCCAAGUGCUCAGGACAGUUGUAAUCAGUGGCAAAAGUUCAAAGCUAAAAAGUAAAUUUAAAAUUUUAACAAACGUUCAUUUCUCCAGUGAUUUUAAUCCAGAUCAUGAAUAUUAAACAGUUACUUUGACCAGGGCUGGAUUGGGAGAAAAAAAUAUUUGCACCGCGCAUUUAAAGGCCGAGCAUCCCAGUAGGAGGGAGAAGGGAUUAACAGGUGGUGUCAUAUCAUCAACAAAGUGGAGCAUGCCACCUCAAGUUGAGCAUGUUUGUUUGCUGUCUCUAGGGCUUCUCAUGCGCAGAGCCCUGCUGAAGAGUUCUCACAUGAGAACAAUGCCCUUUGUUUGUUUUACCCAGAACAAGCAAAUUUAAUGACACACUUGCGCUUCGUUUGCUUAGAAGUUGUCUCUGCUAUCCUUAUAAGUGGGAUAAGUGUGUGUAAAGGAGUCUGUAGUGUACUAUGUGUGGCUUGGUACUUUAGUGUAUAUGUUUUUACACUGGCUGUAAAGUGUGCUAGGUGCUGUAGAGAUUGUGUACAGUAGCUGAUGUGCGCAUGUAAGUGUAUCUAGGGGCUGUUUUGUGUGUGUACAUGUGCUGUGUUUGUGUGUUGGAGGGCUGUAGAGAGUUUUUGUAUGUCAGGAUGGUGUAGUGUACGUAUUUGUCUAUGCAAUGUAGAGGGGUGUGUGUAUAGGGGCCGCAGUAUGUGUAUACAUGUAAUAUGCAUGUAUAUGGGCUGCAGUGUAUGUAUUAGACUAUAUAGUGUGUGUGUGUGUGUGUGUGUGUGUGUUGGGGGGGCGGGGGUGAGGAGGUGGUGGAGGCUGUAGUGUGUAAGGGGAUAUGGGAUUAAGGAUGCCAAAAAUAUUAAUAGUGAUUAUAUAAACAGUGUGCCUAGUGGCCAUCCGAGCCUGACUCCAACCAAAAUACGUGCCCAUUUGAAAUUUUUUUCCUGCAGUAAAGGGGAGUGUUGUCACUCCCCUUUACUGCAGAGGGAUGGAUGUCCAAGAGAACUGGCAGAGGGGAGUACUUGGGUGGCAUCGGGGUGUGUGCUGCCAUUGAAAGUCUGUCAUCAGUAUGAUAUCCAUGCUGAAAACAUAUGACCAAUAUGCACAGAUGUAGCAUUAGCCGGCCUGGAAGUCUCAUACUAUGCUGGCUAAUGACCCUGCCAGAAGUGGAAUUACUCCUCCAGCAGCAAUGUGUGUGUUUGUUUUUUUUGUUUUUGUUUUUUUUUUGUUCCAGUAUUUUCAGCAUUUCAAUCUUAAAGGGACACUGUAGGCAGCACCCAGACCACUUCAGCCCAUUAAAGUGGGCCAACUCCCAUCACCCUUAACCCUGGAAGUGUAAUUAUUGCAGUUUUUAUAAACUGCAUUAAUUACCUUGCAGGGUUAAAGGACAACUAUAGUGCCAGGGAAACAAACUUGUUUUCCUUGCACUAUAGGGUCUUUAGGUCCCCCCACCCUCAGGGUCCCACUCCUGCUGGGCUGAAGGGGUUAAACACUUACCUUUCUCCAGCGCCGGGGAACUCUCCUCCCUCAGCUGACAUCAGAGCUGAAUGCGCAUGUGAGGCAAGAGCCGCGCGUGCAUUCAAACAGUCCAUAGGAAAGCAUUUCUCAAUGCUUUCCUAUGAACGUCUAGUGUCUUCUCACUGUGAUUUUCACAGUGAGAAACGCAGAAGUGCCUCUAGUGGCUGUCAGUGAGACAGCCACUAGAGGCUGGAUUAACCCAUAUGUAAACAUAGCAGUUUAUCUAAAACUGCUAUGUUUACAGCUGCAGGGUUAACCCUAGAUUGACCUGGCACCCAGACCUUUUAAUUGAGCUGAAGUGGUCUGUGUGCCUAUAGUGGUCCUUUAAUCCAUCCUUUAGUGGCUGUCUACCAGACAGCCACUAGAGGGACUUCCAGCUUCUUAGCCGACUGCGGGGGAGGAGCGUGGGCGGAGACUGACCCAGCGCCGAGGGACAUCGGUGCUGGAUUCAGGUAAGUGUCACCCCUUCAGCGAUGCAGUGUGAGGGGCACUCCAGGAUUCUACAGUGCCAGGAAAAUGGGUUUGUUUUCCUGGCUCUAGAGAAUCCCUUUUAAAUGCUGUACAUACAGACUCCAGUGAUUUCAAGUGGCCUUGUUCCUUGAAGUGAUUAUAGUACUCGGAGUAACCCUUUAAAAUAAAAUGAUUUAGAAUUUGUAGAACACAUUUCUUUCAUCAGGUGACUACAUCCAUGUUCGUUUUUACAUGUACAUUCCAUAAUACUCAGGUUUGCAUUAUAAAAUUUGGGAUUAAACCUAAUGUACUUCUAUUUAAAAAUAAUCGCUGAUGGUGAUUUGGUACAAAUUUUAUUUGCUCGUAAAUAAACGUAAGGAACUCGAACCUUAACACUCUCCCUAAGGAAGACUUUUGUAGCAAGCAGAAACUCCUUGAUCAGGGGAGGUCUAGCAACGCUUGGACGGGGGCAAUUACAAACAGAGCAUUGCACUGAUCUCAACUGAGCCCAUGUUAAAGGCAGGCCAUACCAAACUAAUGUAUCAAGCUGUCAAACAAGUUUACCAAGUCAAGAGUUCUCAUCUUGGAUCCACAUACUACACAGAGCAUUGUAGACAUAUUCACCCUCUUAUAUAUUCCUAGAUUUUGCAGUGAUACAACCUGGAACUAAAAUUAAUUGUAUUGGGAUAUUGACCAUUUAGUCUACACAGCAUAUAUGAUACUUUUUGUUGGUGCUUCUUUCUUUAUUUUUUAAAAUUUUAUUAAGACAUCAAUUAAAUCUACAAAUAUGUUAAACUUCCCCUACAUUCAUCCUUUGGGGUAUUUAAAAAAUAAAAUAAAAAAAACCAGUGUAUAUAAAAAAAAAUAAUAAAAAUCAGACCAAUGAGAAUAAGUGUGAUAGUUGGGCAGAUUUAAAAACAUUUAUAGUGUGUGUUGAUGACUUGGUAAAGACUUGUCUUCAGAAAGUUGUUUGACAACAUGUAUAGACUAUACUUGCUAUCUGUUCUAUAAUCCUACCUUGUGUGUGUGUAUGUAUGUGUGUAUGUAUGUGUGUAUAUAUAUUUUUGUUUCUCAUUACUGUUUUUGUCUUUUUAAACAUUGUUACAGAAGUAGUAUCUCCUACAUAUGCUCUGGUGCGACCAAAUGCCUUCAAACUUCACGUAAUUGCACAUGUGUGCAUAUAUGUACAUAUAAAGUUAUUUUUAAACACAUCAGGUUUAGAUUACAGAAAAACAUCUGUGGGGGAGGAGAGUGCAUAUGAAGGCAAGCACUGUACAAUGUCUUGGUAAAAUUGCCACCAAAUAUAUGGAUGAAUUAAAAAAUAUUUUUUAAUUCAAAUUAAAUGUUAUGCUGAAACAUGAAAUGAAUGUCAUUGAUUUGAAGUGGUUAUGGUGCCUGGAGUCCAUGGGUGCUGAGAUCCUGCAUCACUGUUCUACAGUUUCAUCAUCAUUUAUCAAGGAUGCUUGGUCCUCUCCAUCCUGGCCCUUAGUUGUGUUAUGACAGAGGCAGAGUUAUGCUCCAAUCCACCCUGUACCAAUUCAUACCAGGUAUUGCUGGUAGUGUUAAGUUUAUCGUGUUCAUCUGAUGCUCUCAGACCAUCAUUGCCUGCUACGUGUGCCAGGGCAUUAGGUACCAGUUUAUGCCAUGUUUUAAUUGGAGGCUGCAGGAUGCUAAGUGGUGAGUAGAUUGUUUAACACUGAUGCCUGUGCACUGAUGCACCAGAAUAAUUUGCUUGCAAUUUCCCUAGAAUACUGUAAUUUUACCAUCCGCACAUUUGCAUAGCACAGGUGUGUUUUCAAAUCUGUGCAGGUGUCUAUUUCACAUAGAUUCUGAAAGUAGAACUAUAAAUGUAAGUUUAUCGUCCCAUCCCCUCCCAUUUUAUCUGCUAGUCAUGAGCAUCUGUCCCAAAGCACAGCACUGAGUUUCUCUACCCUCUUGGGACUAUGGAAAUGAUGUAACCAAACUGCGGGAAUUGGUUACAGGCUGUCUCCUGAUUUUGCAUGUGUAAUCUGGAAUUAAUUGGCGAUCUCUCUCUGUUGGAAUAUUGAUGUGGACGGUCAGAGUGGAAUCAUCACUAUAUGCUUCAUUCCGAUUUUUAAAGGGGAACUCACCACUUUUUUUUUUGUUUUGGUGACAUAAUUUACAGAUCAGUGUGUUUUAACAUUGAUCGUGAAGAAAAAAAUAAACAAACAUCAGUUGGGAUAAUUUCUGAAAUAUUUUUAGUAUUUCUGUCCCUUCACUUAUUUUCUGGUUCCUUUUUCAAUUUCAUUGGAAUUUUCUGCAGGUUCAACAUGUAAGUUCAGGCAAAAAAAACACACUGUUCAUCAUAAAACAGGGCUUGGUAUAUAUAGACUGACAGAAGCUGUUAUGAUGCUAUGUUUUUUGAAUAUUAUCUUUAGUUUUAAAAAACACUCUUGGCCCAAAAGUCACCCUUUUUGCAUUAUAGUUAUUUUCAACAUACUUUAAUUUUCUACACUCUUUUAUUCUUUAUUGUCCAUCAUCUAAGUCCUCACUGCAAAAUCUGUCAUGUUUUACAUCUAAUAUAUUGGAGCUGAUGCUACGUGUUUUUAUUUAUUUAUUUUCCUCUUCAUGCAUGUCUCUGUGGGAUUGCAAUAGAUCUGCAGUGUUGCUAAGAUGUGUUGCUUAGUAACCACAGCAUCACCGUUUUUUCUUUUUACUUCUUUCUAUCACUCCAGUUUGCUAGAUAAAUAUGUCCAUAAAUCAAUGCUCCAUUUAAGAAUUUAUUUAUUUUUCUCCACUUUUGUGGAGUUUUUUAUUAAAGAUCAGAAUGCCUUGGCACAGCAGUCCACACUCCAAGUUGUGAGGAGAAUAUGGAUGGUUGAUGCUGGUUCAUAAAUAUGGUAAUUAAAAGGGGUGUCUCGUUCUGCCUCCUGGGUUCUUGUUAAUUACAAAAUAUUGUGUUUACUGCUUUUGGUAUUUGCAAGAGACCUGAAGGAUGUUUUUUUGAAACAUAGGCAAAUAUUUGCCCUUAAUUAAGAUGAUGUGUUUAACGUUGACUCAAUCCCUCUAUUGAUGCUGAAUAGCUUUUAGAAUAUUUUUGUAUAUGUUGGUGUCAAAACCCUGAAUCCCUUCAGCUAUGUAGGGCAGACUAUGCACACCAAUGUGCUCAUACAUUUUGCUGACAAAGUUGCUGGUCAGAGAGCUACUUUACUAAUGUUUCAGACUGUUACAAAGAAACUGACAAAUAUGAAAAAAAGCAUUUUUUUUAAAGCCUGCCAGGGUCCUAUGUUUCAAAGAGGCUAGUUAGAUCACAGUUGAAUAUAAGAUAAAUGGCCAUAUUACCGGACUUAUGAGUGGCAGGACUUAACGCUUGGGCAGGAACAGGAGCUACGAAUUUAGAUUCAGGCCAAGUAAGCUACACCACUUAGGACUAGGGAGGUUAAGUGCACGAGAUGCAGAAUAAGCCAAAAGUUAGGGUCAGGAACUUAGCUAUGUCUGAUACACAGGACUAAACAGGUCUUUACAUCAUGUUGUCACUUUUGCGCAGGUGCACUGCAUCAAACUAGAUGGAAACACAAAGUUUAAAAUGGUGCAACGGUCACAGUUCGUGUCAUUUUAGGUUAGUUCAGAACCAGAAAAAUGCAACCACAACGUAGUGAAAAUGAAGUUGUGUUGAUAUUGCUGGGAUCGCAGAAAUGAAGACCUUCACAUCUCAAAAGAAAACUGGUUUUCAAUUCCAUUGCAAGUCUACAAGAACAUUCACUCUCUAUUCAAUAAGACAAGACAUGGCUGUUUUGGGUCUUCUAAACGUAUCAUUUCCAACAGUAAGGUGGGCCAAGUCAAGAGUGAUGCCUGUUCAAGCAGAAAUUCUCAAAUUGUGUAACAGGACAGAAGGAGGUUUAGAUAAGAUGAAGAUUUCAACCAGUACAAAAACACAGAUGGCGUCAUGGAAUCCGAAGCGUUCCUGGAGAAGACCUCAGGAAGGAUCAUUUCUCCCUGUACUCUGAAAGACCGUUACCCCAGAUGCCUAUUCCACCAGUCUGGGAGUGAAAUUAAAUCUGUUAUAAGUGACUGGGUAUGGUCUUAGAAGAAAACCAUCAGUCCUCAAUUUGCAGAUUGCUAAAGGCAGUACUCAAAAAUAUAAAAUCUUUUCAUAAGCAGUUUCAGGGCAAAGUGGUCCAGAAUUAGUUGGACAAGGCACAAAAAUCCACUUUAUCUGUCAUUUUUGCUUGCUAUAACCUCAGACAAAAAAGUACAGCUUAUAGGUAAUCUAUCCACUAGCAAGGUAAAAUGAACGUGUGAUUAUUUAUUCUUUUUUUGCCACGAAUACAAAGGUAAAUUUUACAAAGGUAAACGUCAAAUUUUCAGUUUUUAUGAACAUUAGUUAAUAGAAGAUCUUGUAGAACCAGUCCAGAUUUGCAUUUACAGUACAAACAUAUUCUUACAAAAUUCUGUAAUAUUACAUAAAAUUACUUAAAGUUGCACAGUAGCAUGCUAAAAGAGUGCUAUUUAUCACCUGUUGGUAAAGAGCCUAUUAACUCAUUAUAGACAAACACAGAAUUACAAAUGGGCUGGGAUCGUGAGUCAUAACUAGGGACUGUUCCUGGAAAUCUGUGACCAUUAACAAGUAUGACUCAUUAGUUAAAUAGCAUUUACAGGUCUGCUGUUUCCUGUAAAAUAAUAAAUACAAUUUAUUGGUCAUAAUGGCUUGUUAUAGGGUGACAUCUUGGUGUCCUAUGUUAUUUCGGUAAAUGGGCGUCCAUGAUGUCAAUGCUAUCUUACUCGGAGAUCAUUUAAUGCAUUAGAGAUUUCAUCAAAUGUGUUCUUUAAGACUGAGAACAGUACAGUGGAAAACUAGGAAAUUGAGAAUUCUGUUUAGUCUGUAAUGUUAAUGUAAACGGAGGGAGAAUCUAUUUUUUUUGACAAAAUAAUAUUAGUGUUUUGUAACGAAGACAACACAGCCUGGGCAUGAUUCAUCUCAGGGAUAGGUUUACUGUUCACGGAUAGAUCUUGUGAAUAAGACAGCUAAGUUGUGUGGUGUGUUUUUUUUUUUUUUUUUUAAUAUAUAUAUCUAUAUAUAUAAUAUCUCUCUAUAUCACUGUAUUUGUAGGUAUUCUCAUUUCAGAUACACACUGUUUUUUUUUUUUCACUUUUUUGUUUUUGUUUUUUUACCCAUUUGGAAAGUUUUAUAUAUUUAUUUGUGUGGCAAACCCUGCCACUUGAACUAAUCAUUUUAUGUGAAUGGGUGAAUUUCACCAAGGGAAUAACGACACGAAUGGACUUUCAUGUUAUUUUAAUGUUUUUAUGCGAAUGCCCUAAACUAACGAAUGGGAGACCACCCCGGGGUGGUCGUGUGUUUCCAAUUAGCUGACCGAUACAAUGUUGCGAAGGGAAUUAAGUACCUGUAUGUGUGGGCGCCAUUUCGCCUACUGAACACGUGGUGGCGGCGGCCAUCUUACGCAUGAACAGUGGUACUUGGUUGUCGAACGCCUGGAACUCAAACUGGGCAUUCAACUAACCAAGCACCGCUAAGACCUCCAGCAUGCUCAGACAGCACGAACCAAACACACGAACGCCCUGGCGUUCGGUAGAUAGAUUCCCCUAAACGAGGGGAUUCAUAUGAAGGCUUGCAAUCGCAUGGAUGGCUAGGCUGUUCGGUAUUUUUGCUUCACUAAAAUAGACCUGCGGUCGGUCAAAUCUUGUAACUCCCGAACCCCUGGUCCGAUCUGGGUGAAUUUCAAGUAUGUUGCUCACCCAAAUCAGACCUACCAGGGGACCCCUUAUUUGUCCCAGUACCCCUGGUAUUUAUGGGACAUCCAGAAAGUGGGGAAAACUCUGUCCCCACUAAUCUGUUUAAGUGCUAAUCUAAGGGGAGGGGAGGUGACCGUGUUACAAUUGGCUACUGUAUUAAUUAUGAAAGUUACCUCCCUUGCAUGGGAGAAAUGCAUAAAAGCAGACCUGUGAAUAAAGCUGACAGUUGACUCCCAGACUAUGUGUCGUCUAGUCCUUGGGGAGGUGGAUUAUGCUGUGUUCCUGUGAUUUUGUAUGCUGAAUCUUUGUUCCAGUGGAGAGCCAUUGGAUUAACCCCUGCCCCUCCGCUACAAUUUGCUAAACUGAUUAGUCCUAGCAAUGAUAUUGCAGACGAAUAGAUUAUGCAGUAUAUGAUCUCUGUGAUAAUGCAAAUGCUUGCUUUGUUAAAACAAAGUAUAGUUGUACAGUAGUUAGAAAUUGUUUGUGAAAAUUGUAGGACAACUAAGGGUGCAUAUGGACACAUUGCCUUGUAAAGGAAAUGUAUUUCUUGAAGAAAGACUUUGUCACGUUUGUGGUGAUCAACAGCUGGUGUUGUUGUAGUAAUUCCCCUUGCUGUCAGAGGAUCAUUUAAAAUCUUACUCUGCGUACGUAAUAUAUUGGGAAAUAGCUAGUAUUUGUGUCAUUCUAUUUGGAAUCUGAUCUGUUCCUCUGGUUUUGACUUCCCACAUACAUCAAAGUUUUUUUGUUUUUUUAUAAAUUUGUAGACUGCAGUUCUUUGGUCAUGAACUAAUAUCUACAAUAUUAAAAAGUAUCUUCUCAAGUCUCUCUGCUUCUGUAAGGUUUUGCAUACUCAAAAAAAAAAAAAUAUUUAAAAUCCUAACAUCGACAUCUUUACGUUAGGGACAUUUAAAUUUUCUCUUACCACGGUUAAUGCAAUUGAAGCGUUUCCGGGGGUGAAGAGGGCAGUAGAGGUAUUUUUGGUGUUGCUGGUAUGACCAACAUGUUCUCAAGAUGUGCUUGUGGAGCCUUUUCAUUCCUUGUGUCCACGUAACUGCAAUUGGGACUUUGUCCCAUGGUGUCACAUGAGCACAGCAUUGUGGGAUUAUACCAUGAUUACUAUGAUCUUGUAUUGUGCCAGACUAGCAUAGUGCUAUCCAACAGACCGCUUGGAUAGCACUAUGAAUGGCCCAUGAAGGUCCCUUCUCUACUACAACAUUAUCAAAAAGUUACCUUUCGAUUAUAUGACGUAUUGAGGCGUUGCCAGAUGUAUGUAUAUAUCUUUGUAUAAAUCGAUGUACAAAAGGAUUUGGAUGCGCUUGACCUUGAUCAUUCUUGUGCAGCAGUCCUGUAUUGACAGCUAGAUAAUGGAUUGGCUAUAAGUAAAGAAAUUACAUCCGUUAUUGUGAUUUCAGUUUUUUUAAAACCGAAAAGAUAUUUUGUCUGUAUUACAUAGGUAGGCCGACGUAUAAAAGCUUGGUCUUUACUGUCAGUAGUGGUAUUCCUUCUAAGGUAAUCAGUCUGGCACGUAGAUGGAAAACUUUUUGUUAUUAUCAUUCACAUUUACAGUAUCUAACAAAAGUGAGUACACCACUCACGUUUUGUAAAUAUUUUAUUAUCUUUUCAUGUGACCACACUGAAGAAAUUACACUCUGCUACAAUGUAAACUAGUAAGGACCAGUAAAAACACCAGGACCAGACUGUUUUUUAUUAACGCUUAAAGUAAAAUAUUAGUAUGGAGCUGUUUAGAUUAAUUAAUAGUUCAAACCGAUGGUUAAGGCUCUCAACAAAUUAUUGAUGGCGAACAUUAUUCCUAUCCAGGGCCGGACUGGGAAAAAAAUUAGGCCUGGGCAUUUUUCAAUUAGAGCGGCCUUCACUUGUCUUUGUACUCCUCACCUGGUUGCCGCUCCAAACACAUGCACCAUACACUUUCCUGGCCCUUUUGUCCUCUGGUAUCCCACUUGUGGAGACACCAGAGACAAUUGAAAACGAGAGAAAUCUCAAUGUAUCUUUCCUGGUAAAAUAUUUUAUAAAUAAAUAAAUAUUUUAUAAAUAAAUAAAUAAGUGUACAGCCUGUAUAACAGUGCAAAUUUGCUGUCCCCUCAAAAUAACACACAGCCAUUAAUGUUUUGUAGGCAACAAAAGUGAGGACACCCCUAAGUGGAAAUGUCCAAAUUGGGCCAAAAGUGUCUAUUUUGUGUGGCCACCAUUGUUUUCCAGCACUGCUUUAACCCUCAUGUGCAUGGAGUUCACCAGAGCUUCACAGGUUGCCACUGGAGUCUUCUUCCACUACUCUGACGACAUCACUGAGCUGGUGGAUGUUAGAGACCUUGCGCUUCCCCACCUUCCGUUUGAGGAUGCCCCACAGAUGCUCAGUAGGGUUUAGGUCUGGAGACAUGUUUGGCAUGUCUCAUCACCUUUAGCUUCAGCUUCUUUAGCAAGGCAGAGGAUGUCUUGGAGGUGUGUUUGGGGUCGUUAUCAUGUUGGAAUACUGCCCUGCGGCCCAGGCUUCGGAAGGGAGGGGAUCAUGCUCUGCAAGGCCCAGACCAUGACACUCCCAACACCAUCCUUGACUGUAGGCAAGACACACUUGUCUUUGUACUCCUCACCUGGUUGCCGCCACACACACUUGACACCAUCUGAACCAAAUAAGUUUAUCUUCAAGUAAUACAUGUCCUUAGUCUACUUGUCUUCAGCAAACUGUGGGCUGAACGACAGCCAUGCAGACCAAUUUGAUGCAGUGUGCGGCGUAUGGUCUGAGCACUGACAGGCUGACAGACCCCUUCAACCUCUGCAGCAAUGCUGGCAGCACUUAUGUCUAUUUCCCAAAGAGAACCUCUGGAUAUGACGCUGAGCAUGUGCACUCAGCUUCUUUGGUCGACCAUGGCGAGGCCUGUUAUGAGUGGAACAUGUCCCGUGAAACCACUUGCCCACCAUGCUGCAGCUCAGUUUCAGGGUCUUGGCAAUCUUCUUAUAGACUAGGCAUCUCUAUGUAGAGCAAAAAUUUAUUUUUUCAGAUCCUCUGAGAGUUCUGUGCCAUGUUGAACUUCCAGUGACCAGUAUCAGAGUGUGUGAGAGCGAUAACACCAAAUUUAACGCACCUGCUCCCCAUUCACACCUGAGACCUUGUAACACUAACGAGUCACAUGACAGCAGUGAGGGAAAAUGGCUAAUUGUGCCCAAUUUGGACAUAUUUUAACUUAGGGGUGUACUCACUUUUGUUGCCAACGGUUUAGACAUUAAUGGCUGUGUUAUUUUGAGGGGACAGCAAAUUUGCACUGUUAUACAGGCUGUACACUUACUAUUUUACAUUGUAGCAGAGUGUCAUUUCUUCAGUGUUGUCACAUGAAAAGAUAUAAUAAAAUAUUUACAAAAAUGUGAGGGGUGUACUGACUUUUUUGUGAGAUACUGUAUAUAUUGCCAACUUAUUCUGCAGUGCGUUACGCGGGGUGGGGGUAUUUUAACAAUAAAAUCCAGUACAAAAUGUUACAGGAACAAUAGGUUGAUGUAGACCCUGCUCAAACGAGUUUACAUUCUGCAGGAGGUAGGGUAUAAAACACAACAGGAAGGCCAGCGUGGGAGAUGUUAAUCAAAUGACCGGGAUGGAAGGUGAGAGUGGAAUGUGAACCCACUGAGCGGUUUGUGAAAUAACAUUUACUCUGGGAGACCAUAGGCUAUUUUGAAGAGAUGGGGUUUGGGUGACUUCUUAAAUAAUUGAAUACUAGGGGAGAGUCUGAAAGUAGGCAGACUGUUCCAAAGGAGUGGAACCACCUGUGAGAAGUCUUGCAAGCGAGAGUUGUCACCACAGGUACGAGCAGGGGGCAGGAGAAAGUCACUGACCGUGCGGAGUGACCAGGAAGGGGCAUACCUAUGACUUAGUGAAUAUAUAUAUAUAGUGUGGGUAGAGUUGAGUAGAGCUAUAAAUAAAUAAAUAGAAAAUUAUAUAUAUAUAUAUAUAUAUUUAAUACAAUGCUAAACAAAAAUCUGCACACCAGUCAAGCCAUAAGACUUGCUUUUCCCACAGAAAUCCCAAAUCAGCAGUGAUGUUACAACCGCACAGGAUUCUGGGUGGUCAUAUGCAAAUUAGUUUAACAAAGAAUCACAUUUUUGCCUCAUUCCAUUUUAAACAUGGAUUCCUUUUAAUGUGUGUUUGCAGUAUACAACUGCUUGGAACACAAUUUAGGAUAAGAUGCAAAACCAGUGAACCACUCAUGGACAGCUGUUUCGUUGUUAAUGCAACUCUUCAGCAUGAGGUUGGUUACUGGUUUGCUUAGUGAGGCUUGGUAGUGCUUGGGAAGCAAAAUCUAAAUAGGUUAUGGUGGGGAAAAAUUGUGAUUGAAAACCCCUUCCACCUGAAGUAUGUGGAUAGUUAAUACAAUGCUAAACAAAAAUCUGCACACCAGUCAAGCCAUAAGACUUGCUUUUCCCACAGAAAUCCCAAAUCAGCAGUGAUGUUACAACCGCACAGGAUUCUGGGUGGUCAUAUGCAAAUUAGUUUAACAAAGAAUCACAUUUUUGCCUCAUUCCAUUUUAAACAUGGAUUCCUUUUAAUGUGUGUUUGCAGUAUACAACUGCUUGGAACACAAUUUAGGAUAAGAUGCAAAACCAGUGAACCACUCAUGGACAGCUGUUUCGUUGUUAAUGCAACUCUUCAGCAUGAGGUUGGUUACUGGUUUGCUUAGUGAGGCUUGGUAGUGCUUGGGAAGCACUGCUGAUUUGGGAUUUCUGUGGGAAAAGCAAGUCUUAUGGCUUGACUGGUGUGCAGAUUUUUGUUUAGCAUUGUAUUAACUAUCCACAUACUUCAGGUGGAAGGGGUUUUCAAUCACAAUUUUUCCCCACCAUAACCUAUUUAGAUUUUUCUUCCCAAGCACUACCAAGCCUAGAUUUUCUAUCUAUCUCCAGUGUAAGGCUUAAAAAGAAGGAUGAGGAGUGACAGAAGAGAACAAUCAGCCUGGCAUUAUGGACUAUAGUGAGACUGUACAGUGUCUGGGGGGAUCAAUUAGGAGAGAUUGACACUAAUCCAUACGAAAAAUAGCAUGUACAAGCAGAAACGGGCAUAUUUGUGCAAUGUUUUUAAGGUGGAAGUGGCAGGAUUUGGUAUGAAUGCGAGACCAGAAUCAAAGAUCACACCAAGGCAGAGAGCUUGCAAGGAUGGGCUUCUGCACAUACCAUUAACUUGCUAUUGAAAAUGCGGUUUACAGUACGCACUGAUGUUUAUUUGCUAAACUGUGAAUGGGAAUUGACUAGGGACUUAAAAUCCUAGGCCAACAUCAUUUUACAUUCCCUAGUAAAUUCUAGAUAAUUGUUUAGUAAAUAAUGCUUCUAAAAUGCUAUGUGUUUGUAAAAAUUAUUAAAAUAAAAACAAAGCAAAGUUGAUGGACAUUCCAAGCUGAAACUGAGCCAUAUUAUAUUGCAUGCCUGGACUGGCCAUCGGGCAAAUUGGCCUUGUGCUGAAACUGACAGGGGAGAAAAAAGUAUCUCCCUCAAUAGCCCAUGCAGGGCUAGUGCUGCCUGAGCGCUGGCAGAGAGAUUGUGCUCUGGCCGGCAAUCUCACUCGUCAUAGCCCAGCCAGAAGUUAUCAAGGGGGGGUCCGUCUGCAACAGCAAUGUUUGAGCUCUUUCACAGUGCGGGCUCAUUGCGUGAACUCUGCAUGUUCCAACAUGGGUAGGGGGAAUAACGGAGAGCAGUUUAAAAAUAAAUAGAUAAUACUUUUUAGUUAAUUUUUUUUUUUUUUUUUUAAUGUCCCCUUGUAACACUAUGCAGCCCAUCUACCUCCUAUCACACCCUGCAGCACCAGCCCCCACACACACUACAUCCCCGUAUGCCCCCACACCCCUAUCCCCACAACAAACACUAAACCUCCUAAACACGCAAACACACCACACCGCAAAACCGUCCCAUCCACACACACUAUCGCACAAGCAGCUUCCCCUUCCACACAAAGCCUACAAACAGCAUCCCAACCACAACAUUCACUUAUAUUUGCAUCACUACAAGCCAGUUCCCCACGCACACAUAACACCACAGCUUACAACUUCACAAGCAGUCUAGAAAUGCAGGAGCUCUUCAGAAGAGCUCUGCGCAUGGACUGCCCUGAGGGGCAUCAAACUGGCAUACCCUGUUUGCGAGUUGUGCAUGUUGCAUUGGUGAUAACACAACAUGCCCCUGGCUAUAGGGCUGAUAUAUAUUUAAAUGUGCAGGCCAAAUUUUUUUCCCUGUCUGGCCCUGUUCUGAGGUGCAAGAUUUUCUGGGAAUUGUAGUCCUGAUAAAGCAUACCUCUUAACUCUCAUAUUCCCAUAUAUAUGAUAUUGACCACCUUGAUGGGUGUGGAAUGUACCAUUUGUUUGGAACCCCAAAGCAGCUGACUGCUCCAAAUCCCUUGCGUUAUGGUGGACUAAUGGGGGAGUAGAUCCAAUUUUAAAAGGUCUCUCUUAUCUCAUUAGCCAGUCCUUACACCGGUAAUUGAAGUUAGCUUUUAUAAUGGGCCACCCCUGCUUUAAACACUGAGCAGUGCUGAUGUUUAUACACCAUAGUGUCCAGACUACAAAUUUAACCUCCAACAAACACAACAUUGUGCGUGGUUUUAUAGUUGCGAAUCCGGGGUAUAGAGUUACUGGAGACCAAGGCAAAUAUAUCCCCGGCCAACAGCAGAGACUGAAUGAAUGACCAUGCCCACCAAAUGUAAUUAAUGGCCUGUCUAUCAUCUGUAUAUGGGUGUAGAUAUUUGCAAUUGCGCAUAUGUAUGAAUCUGUGUGUGUGAGUCUAAAUGUAGAUUUGUCACUGUAUCAGUGUUUGUUUCUGCAAAUGUAUGUGUACUUUUUUCUAAAUAUAAAAUCUGAAGCAAUAUCCAGCGGUAGUGUCUCUACUGAACCCACCCUUGUAUUUUUUUUUUUUUAAUAUAUAGGUAUAUUAAUAGCAUUUCUUAUUUAUUGCUAGUUUAAAUCCAGAAAAAAACAAAACACACCAAAAACAAAACCUCAAAAACCCUAUUUUAUUUUUUCCAUAUAUAGUUUUUUUUUUAUUAAAGUUAACCGGAUAGCAUCAUGCAAUACAUCCAGCUGAUAGUGUUCGGUACAUACAUUGUUGCUUAAUAAUACACAGUAACAGUUUGACAUGGUCUAUUAUGCAGUGAAUAUAUUGGGUACCGGCCCAUUCCGUACUGCACAUUUGCUUUGGUAUAUAUUUAAUCAGCAUGGACUGUCGUAGCAUCUAAUUUUACAGUAUAUUAGGUAACAGGGAAUCAGGAAGGAGAUUGGUGCUGGUAGGAGGGUAGAGAAGGGAGGGGGGGGAGACCCUAUUUUAUAGGGUACAAAUGCAAACAUUCCUGUUUUUCAGCCCCUCACAUUUAUUUAUAAAAUAUUUUACCAGGAAAGAUACAUUGAGAUUUCUCUCGUUUUCAAGUACACACACAAAAGAAAAGCGAUUCUGUGUGGGAGUAGAAAAAUCUGCUAUUUAAAUAAACAUUUAUCACAGAUUUUCCCCUGCAAAGCUUUCAUGAUGCUAGUCAUCUGAGCUUGCUCUUACCUGGUCUCUCACCCAGGCAAGUCCACUCAUCUGAAUGCAAUUCGCUUUCCUAGACAUAUAAUGGGGUAAGUCCAUCAGACUAGUUCAGUGGAAGACAUGUUUUGUUUUUGCUCAAAGUGUUACCAUGGCAAUGGGCAGAUGUCUAUUCCCUUCCUCUCUGUAGAGUGGGGCUGCUAAAAUUAAAUUGUGCUCUCGUGGUUGUGAUCAAAAGAAGUUUAAAUCAUCUGUAUUAAAUUAUAAAUGCAGGGCGCCAAACACCAUAGAACUCUAUUAAAGGGACACUAUAGUCACCUAAAUUACUUUAGCUAAAUAAAGCAGUUUUAGUGUAUAGAUCAUUCCCCUGCAAUUUCACUGCUCAAUUCGGUGUCAUUUAGGAGUUAAAUCACUUUGUUUCUGUUUAUGCAGCCCUAGCCACACCUCCCCUGGCUAUGAUUGACAGAGCCUGCAUGAAAAAAACUGGUUUCACUUUCAAACAGAUGUAAUUUAACUUAAAUAAUUGUAUCUCAAUCUCUAAAUUGAACUUGAAUCACAUACAGGAGGCUCUUGCAGGGUCUAGCAAGCUAUUAACAUAGCAGGGGAUAAGAAAAUCUUAAUUAAACAGAACUUGCAAUAAAGAAAGCCUAAAUAGGGCUCUCUUUACAGGAAGUGUUUAUGGAAGGCUGUGCAAGUCACAUGCAGGGAGGUGUGACUAGGGUUCAUAAACAAAGGGAUUUAACUCCUAAAUGGCAGAGGAUUGAGCAGUGAGGCUGCAGGGGUAUGUUCUAUACACCAAAACUGCUUAAUUAAGCUAAAGUUGUUCAGGUGACUAUAGUGUCCUUUAAAAGUAAUAAAUUCAAGAAAGAACCAAGAGAUUGCUGUUGCUUUAAACCAAAAAGAAUGCAGGCUUCAAAUGAGAGAAUAUAAAAACCUAUCACUAUAGUACAAUAAUGAAAAUAGCUAAUAAACCUCAUUUAAAGUCCACAAAAGAAAUAUAAUUAGUUAUAAUAAAUAACCAGGAAAAAAUCCUGAUUUAAAAAGUCAAAAAUUAGUCCAGCAAAUCUGCAGUAAUAUAGCAAGUGUCACUCCCCUGCUAGUGAAGACCACACAGAGUAUAGUGACCCCAAUGACAGAUUAUAAUAUACUUUCCAAAGAAAGAUACAAUAAUAUAACAUAUAAUGAAAAGCAAGUCAGUACAGAGAAAACCGGUAGCUUGAUUUGUAUCAGAAUUUGCUCCAAGUGGAAAAAUAGAAAUGAUAAUGUCACUGUAACUUUUUCAGUAUUUUAUUCCAAAAUAUCUAAAAAUACUCACAGAAUUAGUGUGAGCAGAAAACGAGCUGCAAAAAAGAUGGGCUCAAAAGCAUAUAGGGUAACCUGUUAGUCCGACCCUGUAGAUGGAUGGGAUCUGUGGGAGUUGUACUCCGUACUGUGUCCUGGUUGCCUCUCACUCAGAGGUGCUUCCUAAGAUCUUGCAGGCUAGACUGCCGCGUGAGCUUCCAAAAAUUUAUAAUAACAAGAUUAAAAACGAGCAAAAAGUUUUACACAAAGGUAAAAAUACAUGAAUAGAACCACGACACAUAUAUUGAAUAACAUAUAUGUGUGUGUGUGUAUGUAUGUAUGUAUAUAUAGAUGACAAUAAUACAAUACAGAAUGUGCAUAAUUGGGGAAAAAAAAUCAUAAUUAGGUUAAAAAAAAUAAAAUAAAAAUUUAUCAGUAUUACCAAUACUAAAAAUAAGAAUGGAAAGAUUGUGAAUGUGGAUCCUUGGUGGUAAUGAACUCUAUGAAUCCCCAGCAUAAAUACAAGUUACAUGUUUGUAUGGUCCUAUUAUAAGUUAAAGUAAAUUGGGAAAUAGAUAUAAGGAAGAGAUGAAAAAGGAAAAGAAAUUGAACAAAUGUGUUUUUUUUUUUGUUUUUUUUAAAUUCUUUAUUUUUGUUGUGCACAAUAUUAACAAAUAACCUUGGUACGCCGCCACAGCGACAUCAGGGUGAAUUGGUGAACAUUUGCAAUACAAGUUGUGGCAUUCGCUAGACAGGCACAUUUUUAUGUUAGAGAGAUCAGUAUUACAAUAGUUUAGGUUCUCGUUUAAGUGGGUUAGCGAGGUGCACAUGUCAAGAAAGGGUAAACAGAGGAGUGACAUAGAGACGAAGCAUGACAUGUGCAAUCAUUGUAUGAACACGGCUUUACAACGUAGUAUAUGCCAGGUUGAUUCUAUCCUAUCUCUUGUCUGGCUAGGCAGGGAAUAAGUGGUUGCAAAUUGCACUAGACUUAAACCAGAAAUAAGCCUACAGGAAGCAUAUAACAGGCAUGUGUGAAAAUACUACUCAUGUGUUCUAAACAAAGGAAAUAAAAAUAAUAGUGAAUGCAAUCAAAGUUAUAACAUGUUACCAAGGUAAAGCUGGCUGAUACCCUGGCUACACUUGGUUUGGUAUGAUUCUACACAGGACCCUUAGCCUAUGCUACUUAGAGUCCAAGUCUGAUGAGGUAGCUUGGUACCGGGUUCUGCCUCCCCUUCUUGCUAUUUCCGUGUGCGGCGUCGAACUAGGAAAGAUGGUGACCUCCAUGGGCCGACGUUCUUGUGUGCCAGGCAGCUUAAGGGGACUACCUCUGGGUCAUGCUGCUCCUGCCGAGGGAGUCUGGAUCUCCAUGGUCGAGGUGGGUAGUAGCGUCCAUGCUGCUGGGCUUGUCGGAAGAGCGUUGCCUGCUGCUGUGGCUUCUUGCGCUUUCUCGCUUUGUUAGCCGUGCGGGGGGGUGGUUGUGUAAUCAGAAAUCAGCAAAGGUCGCAUCCAGUCGCUCCAGCACAUAUUCAGCCGCACCUCCUCGUGUCUCCAUGGGCUGAUUCAGACCCGGCUGGUGGAGCAGAGACCCUGCUGGUGGAGCAGAGACCUGGCCGCCAUUUUAGGUGAGUCAGCCGCAAUCAGGCAUCAUGGUAUGAUAGCUGUGUAGGGUCGACAGAGGUGCCAGCCAGUGGAGACUGGGAUAACCCCCACCGGUCCAGGGGGGGGUGGGGAGAAGAUAGCUUUGUUCACCGGGACCACAUAGUAAAUGAAGGAGCUCGGAGAGCGGCCAUCUCUCCGGAGCUCAGGCUUGUGUAGGCCGCUGGCCACUAUCAGGACGUACUGGUUCCAGACAGGCUCACGAGUAUCCUCCGGUGCACCGAAGACCCAUUGGCAAUAUGAGUGCUUAUUGUGGUCUGAUUGAUGGGUGGCCCGGGUGUAGAUCUUGAUUUAUUGGGGCCAGAUGCAGGAGCUCUUGCAGGGCACGUCUGGCUUCCUUGGCAGUCCAGCUCCGCCCCCUUGUUUUGUUUUUUUAACCAAACUUUAAUAAAUAAGAGAAAAAAAUAAGAAACAAAAAUAGAAAAUCAGAAAUCUAUAAAUGAAAAUAGAAGUAAAAAUUAAAAUAAUUAAAUAUAAAUUAUUUUUACUUCUAUUUUCAUUUAUAUUUAUUUCACACACAUAUUAUAGUGUGUGUAUUUUUUUUAUUCUUUUUUUUGGGGGGGAGUGGAGAAUUGUUUUAAUAUUUACAUUUGAUAUUUUAAAAAAAGUGUGUGUGUGUGUGUGUGUGUGUGUGUGUGUGUAUGUGUAUAUAUAUAUUUAUUUAAUCUCAUAAUUAAUAAAAUAUGUAUCCGUAAAUCCGAAAUUGACAGACCUUUCGAUUCACAGCAUUAGAAGUGUCCAUCCAGCCAUAGAACCAAUCUAUGUUGAUAAAUCUGCUCUAGUUGACACUGAUUGGGAACCUCAUUCUAUGUUUGUGUGCAAGAACCUCCAGCUCUUCCUUGCAUGGAAUUAAUGAGUUUCUUCCUUUUUUUUUUUUUCAUAGGUCACCGUCCUUGUCCUGUUCGCCUUGGCUUUUCUAGCUUGCGUUGUGUUCCUGGUAGUCUAUAAGGUCUACAAGUAUGACCACGCCUGUCCUGAAGGAUUUGUUUUGAAGGUAAGAACAAAAAAAACCAAAAAACUAAACUUCAAAUGAAAAGUUCUAACACGUUAGUUCUGUUUGUUUUUUAUAGUGCAUACUUCAUACAAAAUGAACUCAAGGGAUUAAAGGGAAACUCCAGUGCCAGGAAAACAACCAGUUUUCCUGGCACUGCAGGUCCCCUCUCCCUCCCACUCCUCAAUCCCCGGUUUCUGAAGGGGUGAAAACCCCUUCAGUAACUUACCUGAGGCAGCGAUGAUUUUCCCUUUGGAUGAGCGUGAGUGAACAUAAAUGAGACCGCAGUCUUCAAGAAUGUGCCUUACCUGAAGGCCUAAGCUUGGCUUUUAUGUAUGUCUAAAAAUAAGAACAUUUAUGUUAGUAGCAGAUGUUGUUUACUUGAUAUUGUGUUUUAGGAAAUAUGGAGCUAAAUUCAAGAAAUUGUGUGGAAAUGCCACACAUGAACUGUACACACCCCAAGUAUAUAAUCUGGAUUAUGGACAGAAUUUAUAUUCUACGAUGAAGAAAGGAGAGUUGUUUUGAAGGAUUAGCUAGUCUUCCUUCUGUACCAUUUAGAUAGAAAAAAAAAUAAGCUUAAUAAAGAGGAAAUAAGAUAAAAACAUAAAACUGUCGAUGGAAUGGCAGUGUCCUGCAGACUUAAAGGACCACUAUAGUGCCAGGAAAACGUACUCGUUUUUCCUGGCACUAUAGUGCCCUGAGGGUGACCCCACCCUCAGGGACCCCCUCCUCCCGCCAGGCUCUAGGGUGAGUAUUAUAUUAAACUUACCUCUUUCUCCAGCGCCGGGCGGGGAACUCUCCUCUCCUCUUCGGCUGCAUGCGCGGCAGGAUCUGCACGCACAUUCAGCCAGUCCAUAGGAAAGCAUUCACAAUGCUUUCCUAUGGACGCUGACGUCUUCUCACUGUGAAAAUCAAUGAGACAGCCACUAGAGGCUGGAUUAAACCUAUUAUAAACAUAGCAGUUUCUCUGAAACUGCUAUGUUUAUAAAAAAGAUUAACCCUAGCUGGACCUGGCACCCAGACCACUUCAUUAAGCUGAAGUGGUCUGGGUGCCUAGAGUGGUCCUUUAAACAAAACUUGCAUUUUCAGUUGAAUUUGGGAAAACCUCGUGAAGCAUUUAUUGUUGCGCUGUUCAGUUUAUUUUGCUUGAAUUGUUUAUUGCAAACCACUGUGUAAAUUUGGACGACAAACCUGAUUUCCAAAGGAGGUUGAUUCAGUUUGAUUACAACUGUACGUGGCAUUAACUCUGUGACCCAUUCUUCUUUUGUCCGUAUGUUAAUAUGUACGAACGUUUUGCGAAAACCCUUCAUUACACAAUUCCCAUCCUCAUGAUCUCCAUUGUAACGAAGAAGGCAAAGAUUUCAUAGUCCUAUCACCAUGGCACUGACUUGUAAUAUGUUUCUUACAACCACUGAUUACCCAAUGAAAUGGUACUGGCAUCCAUUUUUGGGUCUGACCCAGGUGUAAAGAACCACAGUCCUGUAUGUUGCCCAGUACUUGGUAUGUAGACAUAUGAUACAAUGAGUACUGUUUACUUUAAAAAAAAAAAAAUUUAUCAGAUAAUUUUGUGACUGUAUAAAAAGGUUAUUUUGAGUUUGGUAUAUUUUUGCACUUAGAAACUUGGAACUUUAGAGAUUUAAUCUACCAUAAGGGCACAGCUCGGAGAUCUAAGCCAAGGUUUUUUUUUUGAAAGUCUGUCUGUUUUAUCUUGGAAGCUGAGACUACUUCUUUCAUCAUUGUACGGAAUCAGUCAAAGUCCAGCUGCUAAUCUCUACAUUUUGAAGUUAGCUGCGAUAGGCAGAUUGUUUACUGCUAAAUCUUUGGAAUCAGUGAGCAAAACCUUAUGUAUGUGAAAUUUUCAUUCUGGUGGUAAAGGGGAUGUUUUAGCAAUGUGACACAAAUGGUUAUGGCUGAAUGCAGUUUGGAAUAAAUAUUUGGACAAUAUGAUUGUUCUAUAGAAGAUUCCUUAAGGGUUUCGAGCAUGUGAUUCUUUUGGGGUAAAAUUUUUUUUUUAUCUUCAAAUAGUUUUUAUUGAAAAUAUUUUAUUUUUUUUGUAAGAUUACAACAAAUUAUAAAAACAUUGUAAUAAGGGUUGGGAAGGGGAGGAAAACUUGGAAGAGGGAAGGGGAGAUCCAUCCAAUGUGACGAUUAAUAUAGUAAUAUAUAAGGCAUACAAUUUGAGUGAUGCAUUGCAACAAAAGGACAAAUUGUUACAGAUUAUAGGCUUUUUUAAUUUUGUCUUCCCACAUAUCCCAAUCAUACUUCAAUUGUGCAAAGAGGUACAAGUUACUUCUAUUUGAUAGUUCGUGUGCUUUAUUAUCUAGGAGUAGGUUCAAUACUUCUCUAAGUGAUGGCAUAUCUUUAGAUUUCCAGUACCUAGGCAAACAAGAGGUGGCCGCUAUCAGAAUGUGGCCUAUUAUUAUUUUGUUAAUUCUGCUGACGGACGCUGGGAAUUUCUUGAAUAAAGCAAGCUCAGAUGUGAAAGUACCAAUGUUUCUAUCUACCUUAAUGAUUAGGCCAUAAAUCAUUUUCCAGUAUUUGGUUAUUUUUGUGCAAUACCACCAUAUGUGGGCCCUAUUUCCCAAACCGCCACAAUCUCUCCAACACCGGUCAGAAUACAUGUUGUUCAUGUUGUGUAGUCUGGACGGAGCCAAGUACCAUCGAUACAAAAUUUUAAAAUGAUUUUCAAAAUGGUCAGAGCAAAAAGAUAUUCCCUUUAAUGAUUUAAAAAAAACUAAACCAAUCCUCUAACUCCUAUUGGGUGCUCAGCUCUGCCUCCCAAGAUAGCAUGUGCUUAAGUUUAACACUGGGUUUGGUAUUAUGUAGUAAAUAACACAUUGAUAUUAUGCCCUUCCUAUUUGGGUCGUGCAAAAACAAUUUUUCCAAUGGUGAUAAUUCUAACUCUUCAUAAUUUGUAUCGGUGUCUGAUAUAUUAUAUAGUUCUUUCAGUUUUUUUCUUUUCCAUUCCUUAGUUUCUCUAGGCAAAGCGUUUCAGUCCCUGAAAAGGCAAUGUUUACAUUGAAAAGCAUGCCGGGGCAGCCUAUAGACACCAGAACCAAUACAUCAAGCUGUAGUGUCCCUUUAAUUUUACAGAGACCACACACGGUAUUUGUAGUGCAUGCAAGAACACUCACUGGAGUGCUGAUAUUUACUGAAUUGCUUUAUGAAUCCUUCCCUCCUUCCGGUACUUUUUUUUAAGAUAAGAGAGGGUCUUUCCCCAACAAUUUUCAUGGAAAGUUGAAGCCAAGUAGAUCAAGGAAGGGUUCUUUGUAAUUCAGAAGAUUCCUAUUGGCUUUUCAGGAGUUUAUAGCUGGUAAAGGAGCACCUGCUGGCUAAGAUUAUCAACUCUGAUUAUCUCAGAAAAAGGGGCGGGGUCUUUGAAUCUGUGCAUCUUUAUGGGAAUGUUCAGCGUCUCCAUGCAGAGACUCAGGAAGCACCUGUAGUGGCCGUUUGAGUAACUGCCACUGGAGGUAUCUCUAUGCAGCAAUGUCUCUGAAAAGGCAGUGUAUACAUUAAAAUGCCUGCAGGGACAGACAAUACUCACCAAAACUACAAUAAGCUGUUGUUCUUCUGGUGAUGUGUCCCUUUAAAUUGUUUCACCACCUUUCUUUGUAUACAUUAAACUAUAGGGAUUUCAUAUGUUUAAAAGGUCCUUUUUAAAGCCUUGCAACAACUAAAAUGUGAAUGCAGUAUCAUGUAUUUAGUUUUAAUAUGAAUCUAAAGUCUGUAUCAAUCUAUAAUGAAUUGGUUGACACCUGCUCAAAUUAACAAAAUGUUAACUGACUGCAUUGACGCAUAUUCAGUAAUGAAAUAAAUGUGGGCCUCCUGCCGAGCUGAAAUUUGAUUGAUGGCUCUUCCAACAUGUAGUUUUUUUGUCUUCUCAGUUGGGUAUUGGUAAGAUAACUGGAUAAAUGUAAUUUGAAUACAGUACAUUAUUAGAAAGGUUAUAUACAAGGAAAUAUAGUAAAUUAUAAAAAAACAGAUCUGUUGGUGCAGGGCCGGCCUGUCCAUUGGCCUAAGUGCAGCCAUGGCUCCCGGUGGCACUUUUACAGGGGCAGCAAAACCGCCCCUGUACACUUUAAAUUGGUCUGUCUGUCUGUGUCUGUCCCCUUCUAUCCACACAGUUUUGGGCCCCCGCUACCUUGUUCUGUGGAGGGGGCCCAGAAGUCUGAUCUUCGCCUCCUUCUGCUUUCGUAUCUGCUCCUCUCACAAAACGCAAGAGUGUUGCCGCAGGUUGCAAUGGCAACGCUCCAGCAUGCAUUACGUGCCGUGUGGAACGUUGCCAUAGCAACCCGCGGCAACACUCACACUGUUCAUGAUAGAAGAAGGCAUGAAGCUGCACGAGGCCCCCUCUCUACAGAAUACAGCAUGCUGUGCCACUGGACCACCAAGGAAACUAAUGUUCUCCCCACCCUAACCACAGGUAAGAGGUGGGGGGGGGCAUACACUUAAUUAUAAAUUUAUUUAAAAAAAUGCUUACCCCUCACAGCCCACUACACACACUGCAUUUUAACCUUCGACCCAGGCAGCACAAAGUUUUGGGCUGACCCUGGCCCAGAGUCAAAAU